CCUGCCUCGGCAGUUUCACUUUCGAUUUCCUCCGGAUCUUCGGCGGAGGCCUGCCUUGUGGGGCGCUUGGAGCGGGGGUUUGGAUCCCGGCCACCAGAUGAGGAACCUGGGGCCUUGAGAGGUGAAAUGGCGAGUUCUCCAAGGCAUACAGCUAAAUUAAGUAGCAGAGCUGGGAUUAGAAUUCAGGUUUCCGUCUCCCAAAUUUUUGAUCAGGAUUGUUAAAAUGAGUCUACGGAAGCAAACCCCCAGUGACUUCUUAAAGCAAAUCAUCGGACGACCAGUUGUGGUAAAAUUGAAUUCUGGAGUGGAUUAUCGAGGGGUCCUGGCUUGCCUGGAUGGCUACAUGAAUAUAGCCCUGGAGCAGACGGAAGAAUAUGUAAAUGGACAGCUGAAGAAUAAGUAUGGCGAUGCAUUUAUCCGUGGAAACAAUGUGCUGUAUAUAAGUACACAGAAGAGAAGGAUGUGAAGACGCCAAGAGGACAGUACUUUUCAUACUUGGAUAUAUUUUUUAUGAGAUUUUUUGGUUCUUUUGUGACUUGACUUGUCCUGUUUCAUAAUAGUUGGUGAUUUUUCACUGACGUGCGAGGUGAGAGAAGUGCACAAAAUCGUGGAUGUAGUUGUAAAGAGCUUCCUCCAUAUUUAAGUUCCAGGCAUUUUCUUUUCCCGCUCUGUCAGUGUGCCGAAUGCAAAAGAAUAAAAAAGAAAGAAAGAAAAUCCGUUUCUCUCUACGUGAUUUUUAAUUCAGGUCUCAAACCGCGUCAUUUGAUUGGAUUUGCUCUACUCACUUGUCUGAAGAAAGCAUGCAUAUGAUGAUCAUUAAACCAUUUUAGAGAUGU